AUGCUGAUAGCCAGAGAGGAGUUUGCAAGUUAUAUUCAAGGACCAGCGGUGGAACAGAACCGACCAAUGGAGCACGUGAAGAAGAAUCAGAAGUCGAAUUCUCACAACACGCAACCAGUUCGAGUAAUCAAUGCAAUUCACGAUCGGCCAGAACCUGCCGAGGUGUCAGAUGAACUGCUUCGAACACGCCUUCGCCAGGCACGGAUGAAGAGAAGGAUAGGCAGUAUCCCUCAUGAGGACCCGCUGGUCGUAAGUUUGACAGUGGCCAAAUGUUUGGUGCGCAGAGUUCUAAUUGACCCUAGAAGUAGUGCGAACAUCAUGCCAAGAGAUACAUUCGAUCGACUCGAGAUCAAACAGGAUCGGCUGAUAUCCACCGGGAAUCCACUACUAGGGUUUGAUGGAAAGCGAGUAGAGCCCGUCGGUACGGUGGAGGUAGCGGUGCAUGUUGCCGAGAGGGUUUUGAUGGAAACCUUUGUGGUUGUUGAAAUUCAUCCCUCUUACAAUCUUCUGAUGGGCAGAGGAUGGAUCCACAGAGUUCAAGGUGUUCCUUCCACUCUGCAUCAAGUAAUGAGAUGCCUGGGGCCAGACGGAACCAAAGUGAUUGAUAUUCAUGGAGACCAGGUUGCAGCUAAAGAAUGUUAUUCUGUAACACUGAAACAUGCCGAAAAGGGGAAAGCUCUAAUUCGUUCAAUCGAUCAGUUCCGACCGGAACGAACAACCAGAGUGGGGGAACGACUCGUUGAGGAGGAAAAGCAGGAAUUAGUUGAUUUUUUGUCUCAAAACGCAGAUGUGUUUGCAUGGAGUCACCUAGACAUGCCAGGGAUCGAUCCUUCUGUAUCUUGUCACUCCUUGAACGUUAACCCCAAUGCAAAACCUAUAAAGCAGAAACAGCGACGGUUUACCCCCGAGCGCAACAGAAUUAUUGCCGAGGAGGUUGACAAGCUGCUUGACGCGGGGUUUGUUAGAGAAGUGUACUACCCUGACUAG